GCGACUCAGUCGUUGCGGUGCAUUGCUACGAGAGAGUCGUUAGUUUCAAGUCGAUCUCGUUUUCGCGUAUUUUCGCAAACAAUUCGUGUCUUUAUUGUUUUCUAUUGUAUAGUAGUGCCAAAACGGGAAGAUAUAGAUUCGAAAAUGUUUGAAGACCUUGAAAACACGCAAACAAAAUAGUAAUAAAACUUAAACAAGCAUUCAUUCGCGUCUACAAGACAGACACUGGCGAUCGAUAUAUACUUAAAUUUAUAAAUAAACAAAUGCAAAAAUAUAUACAUACGGUAUACGAGUAUAUAUAUACAAUGUUCUCCCAGCUUCAAGUAAUUCAUAAAAUCUGAGUAGGCGAGCAGACAGAUCGCUAACAUUGCCGACAGCGUAUCUCGCAGUGCGAUCGCCGCUGUUGUAUUGUAUUGAACUGAGAAUAAAUAGAGUAAAACAAAAAGUGAACAAAAAAUUUGUGCGAAGAUCAGAUCAGAUUGUAUGCAGUCUGUUGUGACAGCAAAACUGUCUUGUCUCUAGAAUAGUUUUUUACUCGCUCGUGCUCUGUACUUAAUUUCUUACUAUCAAUUAGUGCAUUUAAAAAAUGUUUACAACGCAUAAGCUUUGUUUGGUGUUAAGAUUGUGUUUUUGCGCGCAUAUUGUUCUAACAACAUUGUCGCUGACAUCCGCUGCUGAAAUUGAGGGCAAUCCAUGUGAAAUCAAACAAGGAGUGUUUGGCAGAUGCGCAUUACCACGCGAUUGUCCUGACAUUGCAAAACAAAUGCAAAAUCUUGGACUUACGAAAGCCGAUGUGAAACGAUGUGGUUUUACGAUUUAUGAAGAAAUCAUCUGCUGUCCCCUGGCAAAUGAAAAAAAUUUGCUAGGAAUUUUCGACACCAAAGAAGAUUUUUUAGAAAGUGAAAAAAAUUCAAAUGACGACAAAAAGACACGUGGUAACUUCGAAGGUGCGCAAGAGCGAAAGGCGAAAAAAGCUUGCCGCUUAUUAGAUGAAUACGCCGAGCCGUACACUGUGCCACAUAUAUUAGGCGGCUCGCCGGUGGCGCCGGGCGAAUAUCCACAUAUGGCUGCUAUCGGCUAUGCGCCGAUCAAUCCACAAAGCUCACCUUAUGAGUUUCGUUGUGGCGGCGCUCUGAUCGAUAAACGUUUUGUGCUCACAGCGGCGCAUUGUGUUAAUCGACCGGAUAGCAAACCGAUUAUUGUGCGCUUGGGUGUAACGGAUUUCAAUAAUCCCGAACAAAUGAAAAAUGCUGUCGAUGUGCCCAUCGAGGCUCUUUACCCACACAUGAAUUACCGGAAUUUGGAAAAGUAUGAUGAUAUUGCCAUAAUAGAGCUGAAAAAUGAUGUUGAAUACUCUUCUCUAGUAUUUCCAGUUUGCCUGCACACAGAACUGGCUGAUCCGCCACCCGAAGCGACGCUCAACGUAACCGGUUGGGGUGUAACGGAGUUGAAAACACGUCGACAAUCCAAUGUACUUCUACAGGCAAGCGUCAAAGCUGUUUCUGCAGAAAAUUGCAGAAAGGCUUAUGUGCGCGGCGGCGUCUUACCAAGUCGCGGUAUUUUACCCACACAAAUCUGCGCCAGCGAUCCGAAUUCCAUCAGCGACGCCUGUUGGGGUGACUCGGGUGGCCCGCUUAACCUCAUCGUUGACGAAGCGUAUCGAAAGAUGCGUGUAAUUGGUGUGGUGUCGGCCGGUGAUGGCUGCGCUAGCGUCACUCCCAGCCUUUAUACUAGGGUUGCAUCUUAUCUGGACUUUAUUGAGGAUAUCGUUUGGAAGAAUUUGUGACAUUCUCAAGGAACUUUUGUACAUAAACGAUUUGUUGAAGCGCAUAUGAGUUGUAUAUAUUAUAAAUAUAAAUUACGCCUAAAUCCAGACUGGAAGAGUAUUGCCAACUAUCAAAAAAUUCUGGAAUUAUAAACUCACAUCCUAAUUAACCCUUUGAAAGUAGGAUUGCAUCAACAUCAAAAAUAUUUUUUAUAAAUUUUUUUAUUUUAAAUUAUAUAGUAUACAGUUUAGAAUCGCUGCUUUUUUGACAAAAAGUUUCAAAACUUUUAAAUAUAUGAAUAUUUUUAUGUAAAUAAAUUCGCUACUAUAAUUUUUAUAUG